GGCCAGCCCUCGCCUCGCGGAGGGAAGGCGGGAGGGCGCGCGCCGGGGCCGCCCGCUCGCUCCCUUUGCUCGUUCGCUCGUUCCCUCCCUCCGGCCGGCGGGUUAGUCAGUCAGUCAGUCAGUCCGCCUGCAGCCCGUGGGGCCAGCGAGCCGCAGAGGCCCGAGCCUCGGACGCCGGCGCCUUCUCCUGCCAUUGUUCGUCUGGCGGCUGCGGCGGCGGGCGCGAGAAGCCCGGGCCCCGGAACCACCGCAACAUCAUGACAACAGAGAAGAGUUUAGUGGCUGAGGCUGAAAAUCCACAGCACCAACCACAGAAGGAAGAGGGUGAGGGAGCCACAAACUCCGGUCAACAGGAAACUCAGUUGGAAGAGGCUUCUCAAGCAGCAGCUGAGGGAGAUAAUCAGUGUGAGCAGAAGCUGAAACCAUCUAAUGGAGACACUCCGACACAUGAAGACUUGACCAAGAACAAGGAGCGGACAUCAGAAAACAGGGGCCUGUCACGGCUGUUCUCCUCAUUUCUCAAAAGGCCUAAAUCUCAGGUGUCUGAGGAGGAAGGCAAAGAAGUAGAGUCAGCUAAAGAGAAGGGUGAAGGAGGUCAGAAAGAGAUAGAAUUUGGAGCUAGUCUUGAUGAAGAGAUCAUUGUAAAGGCCCCAAUUGCAGCUCCUGAACCUGAGCUCAAAACAGACCCAUCCUUGGAUCUCCAUUCAUUAAGCAGUGCAGAAACUCAGCCUGCUCAGGAAGAACACAGAGAAGAUCCAGAUUUUGAGACUAAGGAAGAAGGAGGACUUGAGGAGUGCUCUAAAAUAGAAGUAAAAGAAGAAGGUCCUGAAUCAAAAGCAGAGAGAGAAUUAAAGGCUUCCCAGAAAUCCAUCAGAAGGCAUAGAAGCAUGCAUUGCAAGGUCUCUCUGUUGGACGACACAGUUUAUGAAUGUGUGGUGGAGAAACAUGCUAAGGGACAAGAUUUACUUAAACGAGUGUGUGAACACCUCAAUCUUUUGGAGGAAGACUACUUUGGUCUGGCCAUUUGGGAUAAUGCAACCUCAAAGACAUGGCUGGAUUCUGCCAAAGAAAUAAAAAAGCAAGUUCGUGGUGUCCCUUGGAAUUUCACAUUUAAUGUAAAGUUUUACCCACCUGACCCAGCACAGUUAACAGAAGAUAUAACAAGGUAUUACCUGUGUCUUCAGCUUCGGCAGGACAUAGUGUCAGGACGUCUGCCCUGUUCCUUUGCAACCUUAGCGUUACUAGGCUCUUACACUAUCCAGUCUGAGCUGGGAGACUAUGACCCAGAACUCCAUGGCACAGAUUAUGUUAGUGAUUUUAAACUGGCCCCAAACCAGACCAAGGAACUUGAAGAGAAGGUCAUGGAACUGCAUAAGUCAUACAGGUCCAUGACUCCAGCUCAGGCUGACCUGGAAUUUCUUGAGAAUGCCAAAAAGUUGUCUAUGUAUGGUGUUGACCUUCAUAAAGCAAAGGACUUGGAGGGUGUGGAUAUCAUCCUAGGUGUCUGCUCUAGUGGCCUUCUGGUUUACAAAGAAAAGCUGAGAAUUAACCGCUUUCCUUGGCCCAAAGUGCUGAAGAUUUCUUACAAACGUAGCAGCUUUUUCAUUAAGAUUCGACCUGGAGAGCAAGAACAGUAUGAAAGUACUAUUGGAUUCAAACUUCCCAGUUACCGAGCAGCUAAGAAAUUAUGGAAAGUCUGUGUAGAGCAUCACACAUUUUUCAGACUGACAUCUACAGACACCAUUCCUAAAAGCAAAUUUCUUGCCCUGGGAUCCAAAUUCCGAUACAGUGGCCGAACUCAGGCUCAGACCAGGCAAGCUAGUGCUCUGAUUGACAGGCCUGCCCCACACUUUGAGCGCACAGCAAGCAAACGAGCAUCCCGAAGCCUUGAUGGAGCAGCGGCCGUUGAGUCAGCAGACCGAAGUCCUCGGCCCACCUCUGCACCAGCCAUUGCUCCGAGUCAAGCCGCAGAGGGCGGUGUCCCAGGUGCACCUGUCAAGAAAGCACAGAAGGAAACAGUGCAGGUUGAAGUGAAAAAGGAAGAGGCACCACCUGAGGAUGCUGAGCCAGAGCCCACAGAAGCAUGGAAGAAAAAGAGAGAGAGACUAGAUGGUGAAAACAUUUAUAUCAGACAUAGCAAUUUAAUGUUGGAGGAUUUAGACAAAAGUCAAGAAGAGAUCAAAAAACAUCAUGCCAGCAUCAGUGAGCUGAAAAAGAACUUCAUGGAAUCUGUACCAGAACCCCGGCCUAGUGAAUGGGAUAAACGCUUAUCCACUCACUCUCCCUUUCGAACACUUAACAUCAAUGGGCAAAUCCCUACAGGAGAAGGAAACAUAAAUGGCAUUCGCACCGAGGAGGUGGCUGCCGUGUCCACGGGGCCAUCUACCAGCCCUGACUCUGACUGGGAGGGCCCCAAGCGUUCAGUAAUUCCUAGUAAGAGCCAAAUGACCACUUCACCGGAGUCUCCAAAAAACUUUGACUUUGGCUCCCUCUCCGUAAGCAGCAAGGAGACAGAAGAGAAGGAGCUGGGGGCAGCUGGCUCUCUUGAUAUUAAGGAAAAGCUGAGAGGUCCUGGUGGGGAGUGUGUAGGAGUGGAGGAACGGGCCAGUGCCUUACAGGCCUCAGUAUCACCAGCUUCCUCCCAGCUGCAACUUCGUGAAAAAAAGGCAGAGAGUAGUGAACAGCGUGUUACACCAGGAGAGCCACUUGGAAAACAAAAUGGAUCAUUUCUUGACUCUCGUGUGGGUAACCAAUUCCCCACCCUCAUUCGAAGUUUCCAGCCUCCCCUGGUAAAGACUCAGACCGUCACCAUCUCAGACACUGCCAAUGCUGUGAAAAGUGAAAUUCCAACCAAAGACGUCCCUAUCGUCCACACCGAGACCAAGACCAUCACGUACGAGGCUGCCCAGACGGACGACAGCAACGGCGACUUGGACCCAGGAGUCUUGCUGACAGCGCAGACCAUCACAUCCGAGACCACCAGCAGCACCACCACAACUCAAAUUACCAAGACUGUAAAAGGUGGGAUUUCAGAGACCCGGAUUGAAAAGAGAAUUGUGAUCACAGGAGAUGCGGAUAUUGACCACGAUCAGGUGCUGGUACAGGCCAUCAAGGAGGCGAAGGAGCAGCACCCGGACAUGUCAGUGACCAAGGUGGUCGUCCAUCAGGAGACUGAGAUCUCUGAGGAGUGAGCUCAGGAACUCUCCCACCCUCUCCCCGCAACCCCUAACCCCCUGCCCAUCCCAGAGAAAAACCAGCGGAAUGAUAAAGAAGCUAACCAGCAAUAGUUAGACUUCAGACUUUUAAGAUGAUUGAUUCUAAACCACCAGAAAAUCAAUUUCUUUUUCUAUUUGGAGUUUAUACCAAGAAAGUCUUCUAGACAUCACUGAUCCUUUUGAAUACCUUUUUCUAUAUUGUGAUACCAGAAAUGGUGCAACUUUUCACUCUGUGGACUGUUUUUAAAGAGCUUUUCCUUUUUUUUUUUUUUUUUUAAUGGGGUGGUUUGGAACCCCUUCAGACCAGCCUCUCCCCACUUACACUGACAGGGUCCAUAGCAUUCUGGAAAUCCUCCAGUGACACUGUCAGCGUGUUGGGGGGACAAAGCUAGCUUAGCGGGGCCUCCCCGAUCCUCGCCUGGUUUAUACUCUGCAGGAACUUCACAAGCCAGCGCUUCCUCGGAGCCAGUGAUGUCCGUUUGAGAGAAUGUCAGGCAGGGCGGCCGCCCUAAGGCGCAGACCCUAGGCCAGUGUGCCCUUCGCCUCUGCUCGGAUGGUAGUGCUGUUUUCCUGCCUCUCCCCCGCUCUUUCUCUUUGGAGCCUCUUUAGAUCAAAGACAUAAGACGUUGCUUCCGACAUACCUGAUACUGUGAAUGUUUGAACGUAUCCGUGGCCUUCGUUCCUUCCUGCCCUCCUGCCCCUCUUACCUCAUCAGAAUCAGUGGCUCAGCUAAGCGCUCCCCCGCCACCUCCCAUCUCAGGAGACCAAAACUCAUGGGAAAAUAGGCACUUUGGGCCAGAGGCACUGAUAGCACAUGUUUCCUGGCGAUGUGGACAAAGCAAGCUGACGAGAUUUUUCUUUUUUCUUUUUUUUUUUUUAAGGUUUUCUAGUUCUGGGAAUGUGCGCUUGACAGGGGGCUUGGUGGGGUUUACCUCAGUCGGAUCUGCUCAGACGUAUUUCCGGGAGACCAUCCCUGGGCCUCUCUCUCUAAUCCUAGAGUGCCAGGGAGUGUAACCCAGCAGGCGACUGUGGUCCUUGACCUUACUGCUCACCAUCGGCACCUGCCUGCAGAUUGCCCUUUCUGGAGCAGGGGGAUGGCUUUCAGGGGCCUCCCUCCCCACAAAACCUGCCUUGACAAAGGGGCACAAAUGCCAGCUCCACUCAUUCCCACUUGCCAUCUGAGCUCUGUCCAGUUUUGUGGCUUGAUUUUUGUGGUGGGUUUAGGGUUUCUUUUUGCUUGUUUUUGAAAAUGAGGAACUGAUGCCCCCAAUUCCACUAUUCCUGGUAAAGAUGUGUGUGUGGGGGGGGGGCAUUUUUAUUCAGUAGGCCUUCUCUAAUUUUCCAGCUCGUUUCCCACAGACCGAUCUCCCUACACGGUCUUAGGAUCCUAAGUCUAAGACAGAAGCUCAUCUCCCUGAGGUGGACAGUGGGUCACACCCAGCCGUCGCUGGGAGCUCCAGGCGGUGAGCAGAGAUGGCUACAAGCCUCUGCUCCCCGCAGUGGGACUCAGCAGCACAUGCCUAGACUCCACGGGCUGAACUUUGUCUCGACAGACGCAGUUGGUUUGAACUGAUCUCACGUGUGUGCGUUUUUCUCUGUCCUUCCUUGAGACUGUUACUGACCCACAGGUAGCACUCUCUCUGGGCAGGGACGGGGAGGAACUGAGGUAGGAUGUGUGACUGGCUGGGGGGAAGGAGAGCGCCCUGUCUCAGGGACAGACUCACAGCCUGGGAGCGUAGGUCUGGAGCGGCGGGGCUUUCCAGGCGGUGCCCAAGCCAAGGGCUUUGUGGCCCGGAGCGGUGGCGAGGUUGGAAAUCCAGCUCACAUCAAGCAGGUGUGCCAGGUGAGCUCGCUUGCCUGGCCAGCUCUGCUACUUGGAAGAGCUGCAGGGGCCCAGAGCUGACAGCUGUGGAAUGGAGAUGGGCAAAGGAAGAGGGCAGGGCACGUGCGUCGGGAAUCUCUGGCGCACCUGUAUCCCAUGGUACCCGCUCAAAGUGGCUGCUUUCACAGCCCAGGACCACACAUCGGGGGCCUGAACUUCCCCGAGGUCCGUCACCAGCUGGCUUCACUUCUCCCUGCUUCCCUGACUAUAAACUGGACCAGAAGAUCUCCAAAGCCCUGCCGGCACUGAGAAGCUACCAUAUGGACAAGCCAGCGCGAGGAGUGUCCUUCCAAGCCUCUUUCACCUUCCUCCCUCUCUGGUUGAUGAACUUGGGGUUUGGCAAUUGUUUGAAUUUUUUUUUCUUCCUGCAAUUGUGUGCAUGCAUGCGUGAGAAGAAAAACAGACUGUCCAGGUGGAAACGGUGAAGAGGGGAGAAGAGUUCAUUUCCAGGGUCAACAACUUGGCAGCCAUUUUCCUGAAGUGACUCAGACACACCACAGUAACAACUCUCGCUGCAAUUUGAUUUUUAUUCCACUUGAGAAAUAAAGAUUUCCUCCAAGCCACGUGAGGUCUCUGUCAACCCACCCACUCACAAAGCAGGACCUGAAUUUAUCAGCUGAGGGUCCACAGAGCCUGGCUGCAGGGACUGUCAGGGAAUCUUUGCCCGCCCCCAGUCCCUACCGUGUGUUCUUCGGGGCAGCUAAGGGUGGCGAGGCAACAGUCCAGCUUUGGAAAUGGAGCCAGAGCUACAGCCUGACCAACACCAAGGAAUGCUCAUGGGAAAUACCUGCCCAGUAUCUCAGUCCCCGGGCUGGCUGGUUCUACAAAUCUCUCUCAAAUGUUUUAUUUUGGUGACAAAAAUGAAGGAGCUUUGUAAAUUAAAAAAAAAAAAAAAUUAUGAAUCAUAUCAAGUAGUUGUUUACAUUUCUCGACAAAAUAGGAAACUAUGGCAGCCGAAUCGAAUUGACAAAAACCUUAGAUUAAAUAGGCAAUAUUUAGGUCUGCCAUCUUGGCCUUUUGUAGUAAGAGAAGUGGUAGUGUUUAGAUACUGUUUGGUCUUGCUUCUUCUUGUAUUGCAUUUUUCAAUAAACUUAAAAAAAAAAAAAACAA